AUGGGGAAGUUUCUCCAAAUAAAUCUGAAUAGGUGCAAAGGGGCACAGGAUCUCUUGCUUAACUUGAUAGGAAUGUGGGGCGUCGAGAUCGCGAUGAUCUCGGAGCCCCACGACGUUCCGUCGGGGGGAGGGGGUUGUCGCGCCGGCGCUUGGUUCGUAUCUGAGGACGGCGGGGCCGCGAUCUUCUUCUCGAGCUCGGCGCCGGGUCCGAGACCUCGGGAAUUGUCCCGUGGGGUCGACUUCGUUUUUGCAGGCUGGGGAAACUCGGUCCUGGUAUCGGUAUACGCGUCGCCAAAUCGUCCAUUACGUGUAUUUGAAGAUCAGCUAAGGGCGAUUUCGAGGAAGCUGGACAGGUUCGGAAACUCGCGUCCGAUUCUGGUGUCCAGGGACUUCAACGCGAAACACACAUCGUGGUCAGGUUACGCGACUAACGCGCGCGGCCGAUUGUUAAGACAGUGGUUAGACGAGCGUCAUCUCAUCGUGUGGAACGCAAAGGAAGUCAAGACGUGCGUGCGGUCCACCGGCGGGUCCACGAUCGAUCUCACGAUUUCAUCCGGUUCGACGGCGGCGCGGGUCUCCGACUGGGAGGUCAUUUCCAACUUCGAGUCCCUCAGCAAUCACGCCUACGUGGCGUUCUCGUUCGCGAACGCGCCGAAACGGGACUUAACGCGACGGUGGAGGCCAUCCGGGACACCGGUCUCCGGGUGUCUCUGCCGAAUACGGAAGCUUGCGGGUUUCAUCGUCCGCGAAACCCGCGUCGUUCGACAACGAACGGCUCGCCAAGUGUCUCGCGGCCCGACAAGGCGAAAUGCACACGAUAUGGCGCGGAGAGUUCGGGACGACUUAAGACGGAUCUCGGACUCCUGCAUGAAAAGAAUCGGCUCGCGCUCGACGACUCGGAAACGGCCGAAGUACUGGUGGACGGACGAGAUAGGAGAAUUGUGGAAGGAGUCCUGUCUCCCACGUUGCCGGUUCGUUGGCAAAAAAAGGCAACUGAUCAAACAGGGAGGACGCUACGAGGACAUCGCGAACAACGACGAGCUCGCGCGUUUUAAGGCGGAGUGGAGGGCUACCCGGAUCCGGGCCCGACGAGCGAUAUGGAGUUCUAAGGAGACGUGCUGGAAAGAACUCUUGAGCGAAGCGGAUUCGGAUCCGUGGGGUCUCCCGUUCGGUCUCGUGACCAACAAACUGAGAGAUUCGUCGGGACCGCUGACGGCCGGCAUGACGGAGGAGUUUCUCGCGGAAGUGAUCGCAGAGCUCUUCCCUCGCGUCGAGCCGUUCGCGUUUCCCCCGCCGGAUCUCUCGCACGACGCGAACCGCGACCGCGACACCGAAGUGACGGAGGGGGAGGUUCGCCUUCUUCUCGACGCGACCUCGAAGAGACGCUCGGCUCCGGACCCGAACGGCGUGCAUUACCACACUCUCGGCAAGUCUACCGAGGUGCUGUGUGCCCUCUACACCGCGUGUUUCCGAGAGGCGACGUUUCCGACGCCGUGGAAAGAAACAAACAUGGUACUGCUGGACAAACCGGGUAGGGAUCCGACGACGCUGAGCGCAUACCGGCCGAUUUGUCUUCUCGACGUGGAGGGCAAGUUGUUUGAGCGCGUGAUAGCGUCCCGGAUCGACGAACACUUACGAUCAGGGGGAGGGAGGAACGACCUCUCUCCGAAUCAGUACGGCUUCCGGGUGGCCGUUCGACGACCGACGCACUCGUCCGCGUGUGCGCCGGUAUCCGGGACACGCUUCACCGGGGCGGCGUCGCGAUCGUCGUCUCCAUCGACAUCAAAAACGCGUUCAACACGGUACCUUGGUCCACGAUAA